AUGCCGACUCUGAUUUCGACCUUCACCAAGCGCUGCUCGCUCGUGUUCAGCAAGAACCACGACAAUACUGAUGUGCUCGUUCCGCCAGCGCCAGUGGAAGAGCCGCAUGCGCCCAAGGCCAGCUUUCACAGUCACACCAUACACACGGACAAAGGUAUCGACCACUCUAUCACAACCCAAGGAGACACUGGUGGUUUCCCCGCUACGACGAACACCACGACGGAGGCAAAGUCCAAACGGAGAUCAGUCUUGGCGACGUUUGGCAAUAGGUCGAGUACAUUGUUCAAGAGAGAUGCUCUACCGCUAUUCGAGAUAUUUAAUGGCAAGCUGCCUGCGAGUAAGCAAGACCCGAAUGAUCAAACGACUUCUUCCCAUUGUACUGCAUCAUCACAUUCUCAGAAGGCAUAUACGAUAGGCGAUGAACCGCUUACCGCGACCAACCCUGCUCCGCCCGAUCCCUAUUCUCCUGGCGAUGGUGAUAAGACACUGGUGCAAGAGCUGGAAGGAGAAAAGAGAAAUUCAACCAGUACUGAGGGGAAAGAGUCGUCUGAUUCGUGUACGGAUGAGACAGAUUCGGACUCUGAGGACCUAUUGGUACUUCCUGAAUCCGCUUCUUAUCAGUGGCCGAAUCACAAGAUGGCCACUCAUGAUAUCCGCGGCGCAAGCGAUCAGCCAAACCCGUGGUUUGCCCAUAGCUCCCUUGGUUCUGACCAAACAAGUAGCACAAUCAAUCAAAUCCUCCAGGAAUCAGACAGCAAAGCUUCACAACUAGACGAAUGUCGGUAUCUUGAACAGCAUGAUGCAAACGAACUACCGGAAUCCAAAUCUACAAUGUCCAUUCUCUCGGGUGAAAUGACACCGGCUGACUUUGACGUUGCAUUUCAAGAGGUCUUUGGCAUCCGUCAGGGUGUUCAGAUCUCAAAGCGAUCGUCUCGGACCACAAGGAGGCCUGAUUAA